UCGAUACCACUCUUUGAAAACGAAUUUGUGUAAAAAAGUAUUGUGUUUAAUAUUUUAUAAUUGGGACAGGAUUAUGAGUACAUAAUAUUUACUCUUUAAAAUGCAAUAUGAAUUUUAAAAAAUAUAUAUAUUUUAUUAUUCAAAAAUUUCACAAGCUACUAAUAGUUAUCCAAUUAAGUUCUCACCUAUAAUUAAGUAAUGUCAGACAUAAUUCAUGAUCCAGAUUUGCAAAACAAAGCAAGAAGAGCUACUGAGAUAUUAUCUGAAAAUUUACAUUUUGUUGCCAAUGAACCAUCAUUAGCGUUUUAUCGAAUUCAAGAACAUGUACGAAAAUCUGUGCCUCCAAUGAUAGAAAAAAGAAUACAAGUUCAGAAACUUCAGAAAGAUUUGCAAGGUCAUUAUUAUGAUGUAGAAUAUGCUCUAGGAGCUGUAAAUUCUAUCAAAAAUUCUGAAAAAUCAUUAAAUAAUAUCCAAGAACAACUAAAAAGUGCUCUUUUUUUAAGUCAACAAAUAAAAUAUGAACAUACUAGACGUAAUAACACGAAAAAAGAUUCAAUGUAUAAAAGGUUAUCAGCCCACUUAACGACAACACUGGACUUACCUGAACUUCCAGAAGCCAUAAGAGAUACAGCCAAUAGAGUUGAGUCUAUGAUGCAAAGUGCAAGACAUUCCAACAUAUAUUAAAUAGAUUUAUUAUUAUUAUUUUCAUAUUAUUGUUUUUCUAACAAUUCAAAAAUAAUUAAGUAAU